CACCGCCCGCCGGGUAGCACAGGUCCUUAAUCACAGAGCUAAAGGUAGCCAUUGCCGAUGGCCGCCGCGGUCGUCCGCCUCGGGACCUCACCCUUCAAGGGGAAGAAGGGGGCCUCUAGUUACUUCAAAGACGUCACCUUUGCCAUGAUGCGGUCGCAACUAGGCGCCCUAAAUCUCGCCCAGUUCCGAUAUAUGAACCCGUGGACCAGCGACGUGUACAUACAGUUUGCAAAGGACAGUGGCUUCGCACCGGAUACCAUCACGCUACCGAGCGGCACACAAGCACAUUGGAUUGGAAACAAGAAUGCGCAAAAGACAAUAGUUUACUUCCAUGGCGGCGGGUACGUUUUGCCUGCCAAUGCAGGCCAAAUGAAAUUCCUCGCAGACAUGAAGGAUGCUUGUAUCGCCGCUGGACGGGACACAGCUGUCCUACUUCUAGCAUAUACCACUGCUCCGGAAGCAAAAUACCCCACUCAAUUGACCCAGGCAAUCGAGCUUCUAACACACCUCAUUGAGACCGAGAAGCGGGACCCAGCAAACAUCACUCUAGGCGGCGACUCGGCUGGUGGAAAUCUCACGAUUGGUGUGCUCGCCCAUCUCGCCCAUCCCAAUCCUGCAGUGCCCACCCUCUCCCUGCCCUCUAAAUUCCACGCCACUUUCUUAAUAUCACCAUGGGUCUCCUUCAACACUUUCAUUUCAUCAUUCGAAACCAACGCCGAGAAGGACGCUUUCGACGGCCGCGUGCUACGACUCUGGUCCGCCGCUUUCCUCGGCAGUGACUCCCCCUUCGCCGGCGACUUCUACUCGGAGCCGGUAACAGCUCCAGCGUCUUUCUGGGAGGGCGUUGCCAACGUAGUAGAUGAGGUGCUUAUCUGGGGCGGGGCAGAUGAGGUCCUGAUUGAAGGAAUUGAAGAAUUCAUGGCGCGAUUCAAGAAGGGUUUCGGUGGUGCGGGCGGGAAGGUGACGACGGCCAUCACGGAACGCUCUGCGCAUGAGGAAAUGAUCCUCGAUGUCAUGUUCGGGUAUAAGGAGAAGGGCAAGAGCCAUGUCAUCGUGGAAGACUGGGUGAAAUCGCGCCUCUAGACGGUGGGUAUGUAAGCUGACUAUAUAGCUCCGCUGUAAUUAUAUUUCAAGAUCAACGACUCGAUGUCUAAGUCAAAAGCAAAUAAUCUC